AUGGCUGGCGUCAGCGCGUUGGUGGAGCGAAUUGAAGCCAUGAUGGAGAUGAUGACCGAACCUCCCGUGCAGAGGACGGAGAAUGCGGGGAGGAAUCAGCGGGAGGAGAUGUCGCUGGAGGAGCGGAUUAGCGCGGCGGAGCAGCGAAUCAAGUGAGGUUGGAGAGAGGAGAUGAGAGGUAGGCGAGACGCUCCGGACCGGCAGACGGAGAGGUUCAGUUCGCCUGUGAAGAAGGUGGGAACGAGUCAGGAAAGACCGCUGAGCGGACAGAAAUCGCUGGUGUCGCAGCUUCGUUCUACGGCU